AUGCUGUGGAUGAAGUGGAGGAUGGUGCUGGGGUCUCUUUUUGCAUGGAGACGGAGGUGGCUGCGGUCUCUCUGGUUCCUCCUGCUCUUCACUGCGGGAACUUUAAUCGUCUUUCACCAGCAAGAUCUGUCUGACACAGUGCAGCAGCAAGGCCCAGGUGUGAAGCAGAGAAGCACUCCACGGCAGUCCAGAGAGACCCUCUCCACAAAGGACAAGGAUGGAGAAAAAUCAGACCUCAUCACAGACCACCUCACAGACGAGCACAACUCCUCCAGUCCAAUCCCUCCAAUGCAGUUUCCACAUUUUGAGAGGAGUAAACUACCUGCUGAACACAGAUCAACAAAGCAAGUGUUCGAACUGCUUACAGUUACCCCUAAAUCCAGAAAGACUUUUAAAACCCGACCGCAACUCCACCAUACCAACAGUACCCCCCUCCCCUCCUCCCCCUCCUCCCCAUCCUCCUCCUCGGGGGUUGCAGAAAACUGGUCAAAACUGUCUCGGACUUUGGAGGCGCGCAGGGAGCUGAUGAGGAACAUGUGCGCCAAGUACAAAAGCCACACCUCCAGAACUAUCACUCGGGAGCAUGUGCGAAUGAUCUAUGUGGAGGACAGGUACAAGCUCCUGUACUGUGAGGUGCCCAAAGCUGGCUGCUCCAACUGGAAGAGGACUUUGAUGGUUUUGGCAGGUAUAGCCUCUGAUGCGCGGUCUCUCUCACAUGACACAGUCCACUAUAAAAACCAUCUGAAAAAGCUGGACAGUUUUGACUACAGUGGUAUCAUGAGACGCCUUCAAACUUACACUAAAGUUGUUUUUGCUCGGGAACCUAUGGAAAGACUGGUUUCUGCAUACAGGGACAAGUUUGAGAAUCCCAACAAACAUUACCACACUGUUUAUGGGAGACCUAUUAUUGCCAAAUACAGGACUCACCCUUCUCCAGAGGCGUUGAGCUCGGGGGACGGUGUUACAUUCACAGAGUUUGUUCAGUACCUGUUGGAUGUGCACAGGCCCGUUGGAAUGGACAUUCACUGGAACCUAGUAGACAAUCUGUGCCACCCGUGUCUCAUAGACUACAACUUUAUAGGCAAGUUUGAGAACAUGCAAGAGGAGUCCAACUUUUUAUUACGAGUUAUGAAGGCACCAAGGAAUUUGACGCUACCACAAUUUAAAGACAGGAACCCAAAAGACCAAAAGACAUCGAGUGAGAUCACAGAGAAAUAUUUCGCACAGGUCAGUCCAUGGCAGAGGCAGCGGGUGUAUGACUUCUACUACAUGGACUACCAGAUGUUUAACUAUUCCAAGCCUUUUAAGGAUAUACACUGAAACUUUAUGUAGAGUUCUAUCCAAUCACAGUCACAUUCCACAACAUCAUGAGUUGU